AUGCCCGAAAUUCGCGACGACAAGGCCCAAUACGUCGUGCCCUUCAUUCUCUCGCUGCUUGCGGAACAUCAAAAGGCAUGUUCGACAUCUCCAAAUCCACCACCUUUCUUCAUCGGCCUGAACGGCGUCCAAGGCGCCGGGAAGACGGUCCUGGUGGACAUACUAAAGACCACCUUGUCGUCACCACCACAUAAUCUUCCCGUAGUGGUCUUCUCCCUCGACGACCUCUACCUGACGCACGCAGAUCAAGUGGCACUAGCACAGUCACAUCCAGAUAAUCCCUUAUUGCAACACAGAGGACAGCCUUCGACGCAUGACAUUCCCCUUGCGCUCGCGGUGUUCGCCAGUCUCAAGCAGAACAAACCCACUAAAAUCCCGCAGUACAACAAAGCUGCCUUCUCGGGCCAGGGAGAUCGCGUGCCCGAGAGCGAGUGGGAAGAGGUCAACACCGACCCGACGAGGCCCGUGCGUGUGGUCUUGUUUGAAGGAUGGUGUGUGGGAUUCCGCCCACUGGUCCGGGAAGUAUUGCAAUCAAAGCAUGCGGCCGCCGUCACGUCCCUGAAGAACUCCUCAGCCGAAACUCCGUACAAGGGCCGCUUGGGACACAACACUCUGAAAUCCAUCACGACCAUCAACGAAGCUCUUAAAAGUUAUGACGAAAUAACCACCCAGCUCGACGCAUUCAUCCACAUCGACGCCCUUGACCCCCAGUAUGUGUACAAGUGGCGCCUGGAGCAGGAAGCCGGCCUCCGCGCGGCGAGAGGGAGCGGCAUGACGGACGAACAGGUCACGCAUUUUGUAGACGGCUACUACCCUGCGUACGAGCUGUACACGGACACGUUGAGGCAGGGGGUCUUCAAAGGCAUCAAAGACGACUGGCAGGGCAAGCAGUUGCGCUUGGUCGUCGGGGAGGAUCGCAAGGUGAAGGAGGUGGUGAAGAUAUGA